AUGAAUCCUAACCGCUUAAAAUAUCUGUUUGUUCUUGUCUUUUUGAGUUCCUUAACUUCCGCCUCUUUAACUUGGUACUUUCGCACUUUUCGGUUUUUUUUAAAAUUAGGUGGGCCAUAUAUUCUUGCCAUUGCACUUGCUUUCCAUAAUAUUCCAAUUAUCCCCUCAGGGCCAAAACAUGAUCAAAAUCUUUGGAUGUCUCAGGGUGAAUACCUGAAAUAUUCAUCUUCAGCUUCUAUGAAUGCAAAUGCUUAUUAUAACAAAUCCCUAACGCCCACCCCUGAUCUGAAUAUAAAAACUUUCAAAAAUGGAAGGUUUACAGAAAAAACCUUGGGUCUACGGUCUAGCAACAAUAGCAUCGAGUCAAACAAGGAUAAUUCGAACCGUUCAAACAUUGCAUCUCCAACUAAACACGUAGAAUUUAAUACUUUAACUCGCAAUAUCGCAAAGAUGCCCUCAAAAAAAAUUGAUGAUUCAGGGUUCUCUUCAGAAGAGCUUGAUUAUUUAAAGUUAUCACAAAAUAUGAACUCAAAUAUACUUAUAUCUUUUUUUAUCCACAAAUUUUCCCUUGAGGCAGGGCGUUCUUUUGCUGUUUCUUUCUUUUAUUUAGGUGGAACGCUUGGAUCGAUUUUUACGAGAUUUGAUCCGAAAUACACCACCGAAAAGUAUCUAAAUGUCAGUUGUAUACUCUUAUUUUUUGGAGCAAUUUUGUCCUAUAUUUCUAGCAAUUGGAUCAUCUUGGCUAUCGGGCGUUUUCUUCUUGGAAUGGCUAGUGGGAUUGCCGGCAUAAUGGUUCCUAUUUUUUAUGGCGAUUUACUGAUGGUUGAACAUUCCGAAAGCGAGUAUCUGUCGUUAGCAGCUUUUUUUGGAAUGAUUUAUCCGCUAAUGGCCCCAGGAGAAAUACUUUUUGGUGCUCUCAUCAAACAGUAUUUACUGGAUAACGAUUAUUUGACCUGGAGAGGUUUUAAUUUUGUAACUGGAGUAUUAGCAAUAAUAGCGUUUAUUCUUCUAAACUUUAAUUCUUCUGAGAAAGAUCCAGCUGUUAAAAACCAAAAGGCUCCUGAUGCAAAAAGUUGCAUCCAAAAAAUGCCUAAACAGACAAUGGACAAUUUUUUGAGAACAUAUUUUCAGGAAGAAAGUAAGUUCUUUACAAUUUUCCUCUGCCUCAAUAUUUUUCAACAGUUCUCUUUCAUUAACGGAUACUUUUCUUAUGCAAAAGAGAUAUUUGGCCACCAGCCGAAUAUUUAUAUUCUUUUGGGGGUUGCAAAUUUCGUUGGAACUCUUUUCAAUUUUGCAAUUAAAAAUCUAAAAGACCCGAACGAUACAUCCGAUCAUUGUCUUGCGCAUAUAGCCAAUACUUGGGCUAUGAAGUAUAUCGGUCUAAUUAGUGGAACUGGAUGCACAUUUUUUUCCUUCUUAAUGUUCAUUGGUUUCUCGAAAAAUCUGGAGGUCCUAAAAUUUCCUCCAGCAUUGGCUUUCGUCGUUUUUUUGCAUUUGGAGUUGAAUCUAUCCCUUUGA